GCCUCUCAUCCUCUCCUUCCCUUCCAGCCAGCUCUUGUUGUUUAUUCUCUCUCUGAUGUAGUUCCAGCUCUUGGAUUUUGAAUUUAUCUCUUCACUUGUUUUCCUUUUCGAACACAAGCAUUCAAUUCUCUCUUUCUCUCUUCUCCAAAUCCACAAAUCUUCAUCUGCCUGAUUUCUUUUUCCAAGUAGUUGAUUUAAUUAUUUAGUUUUGACGUAGAGGGUGCAAUGUCAGCAGAUUUUAACGUGAUAUGUGGAUUGUAUGAGGCUGAAGCAGCUAGCCAGAAGGAUACCAGUGUUGAUUGUAAUGGUGACAAGAAUGAUGAUUGUCCUGUCAAUGCUGGAGCUGAUCAGGUUGGGGAAUUGAAGGGUGAUGGGGUAGAAUCUGAGUCCAAAACCGGUGUCCGUGACGAUCAAGAAAAUAUUCAGGCUGCGGAGGAGGAGAGGGAAGAAAAGCCGGUGGAAAUCUUGGAAGAUCCAGACGUAGAAGGGAACAAACAGGAGUUAAUUAAUCACGAUGAACUCUCAAAUGCAGUGGCAGAAUCUCAGGAAUACCAAUCCACUAGCGUGGAUGUCGCUGAGUCUGAGCAAAAUCGAUCAAGUAAUGAUGAGGAGGAAAGCCAAUUUAAUCUGUCCAUUGACGUAAAAGGACAUGAAGAUUCUCAGGCUGUAGUUAUCGAUGUUGUUCAUAAUUAUUUGGGUUUGGAUAUGGAUCAGCAGAGUGACCCGGUGGAAUUGAACAAUACUGAUGAUGUUGCAGGAUCCGAGCCCAAUCAGUCUAGGAAUGAUGAUAAGAAGACAGAGGAAAGCAAAUUAGGUUCGAAAGAUUAUCAGACUGUAGUCAGCAAGGGUCUUCAUAAUAGUUUGGACUUGUAUCGGGAGAAUAAACCGAAGGAAUUGACGAAUGGUGAUGAUUUUACUGAAUCCAAACCAAAACCAACUAGCAAUGAUGGGGAGAAAGUAGGGUUAGAGGAGAAAAGCAAAUUGGACUCAGUCAUCCUAUUAGAAGAAGACAAAUUUUCUCAGCCUGUUGUUAUCAAUGGUAUUCAUAAUAAUUUGGAUUUGAACCAGGAGAAGGAACCGUCUGAAUUGAUCAAUGAUGUUCCCCUGAAAGAUUCUGGUGACGCAUCUGGGGAUUCUCUCGAGCAGAACUCGGAAACAGCCCCAGUUGUGGCUGAUGAAAUACUGGAAGCAGAAUCUGAUGAAGGUCUUUUAUCCGAUGGAAAUAUAGAUGGCUUAUCUGCUGGUCAUGCUCAAGUUACUGUUGCGGAAACUCAGGUUGUUGAUAGCCUGGUUGAUGCCAAACAAAAUUUGUCUGAGAGCUCUUCCGAAAAUGUUGAACUCAGAGCAACUUCUGAUGCUGAAACUAGUAAGAGUUUUCCAAUUGCUAGUGAUAAUGGUACAUCAGGAGACGCAACAAAUCACGUCCUCAAGGAUACUGUGCAAUCAGAGGUGCUGGCUGCCAAUGGCCUUGAUAUUCAUGAAAAAGGCUUGCUUGUCAACCUGGAAAGUGCUUCACAAACUGUUCUUGUAAAUGACUUUGUUAAUGCCAGUCAAAUGACACCUGAGCAUAAUCAUACCUUGGAAAUCAGCAUGGAAGUGUCCUCCGAUGAUGUUGCAUCUGUUAAAAGUUGUGAAAGCUUCCCAAUUUCUCCUAGCAAUGAUGAUAUGGUGGCAGAACUAGCUGUCGGAAUUAAUGAUUCUCUAUCAGUGGAAGAUACAAAGCUAUGUGAUAUUGGAAGAACAGAGACGGAGGUUGAUAGCUUACAUGCUGAUGACAGUGGAAUUACUGUAGUUGAUGCAAAAGUAGAAGCUGGAGUUGAUAAUGACCCUGCUUAUGAUGUGAAGCCAGAUAUUGGGACUAUUUCCCCUUUCAUUGAACCUGAAGAGAAAGCAUCUUUAAGCAGCCCUGCUAAUGAUGUGAAGCCAGAUAUGGGGACUGUUUCCCAUUCCAUUGAACCUGAAGAGAAAGUAUCUUUAAGCAGCCCUGCUAAUGAUGUGAAGCCAGAUAUCGAGACUGUUUCUCAUUCCAUUCAACCUGAAGAGAAAAUAGAUAUUGCUGCUGCUGAGGUGGGGAAAGGAGCUUUGAAAGUAGAUGUUGCUGAGGCGAGGAAAGGAGCUUCGAAAGUAGUUGUGGCUGAGGUGAGCAAAGGAGCUUUCUAUGUCACCAAAUUUCCAAGAUAUGAUGAAAAUAACAAAGAAAAGGUAGUAAAACAUGCUAAAUUUCAAGUUGAGAAGAGUAGUAAAAGGCGGGAUGCUAUUCAACCUCAAACCCAAAUGAAAAAGUUUGGGGACCAAAAUAAUCAGACCGCUAAAACUAAAAGGCAUGCAAAACCUGCUGCUUUGGAAAAUGGUUCACUAACUGUUGGUGGAAGGUUUUGGAUUGAAGAGCCAAGACAAGAUGAGAAUAAACGGAUUAAGGCGGAAGAAGAGUUGGCUAGGAAGGCAAGACAAGAUGAGAAUAAGCGGAUUAAGGCGGAAGAAAAGUUGGCUAGGAAGGCAGAGGAAUUGAGAAAGGAAAAGGAAGCAGCCAUGUUAAAGGAGCAACGGAGAUUGGAGGAGAAUGCCAAAGCUAAAGAGGCAAUGGAAAGGAAGAAACGAAUGGCUGACAGGGCUCAAGCCAGGGCUGCACUAAGAGCACAGAGGGAAGCUGAGCAGAAAGAGAAGGAAAGGGAGAAGAAGGCAAGGAAGAAGGAAAGGAAGAAGGCAGCAAUAGAGGAUACUAAAGAUAUUGAUGAGAUUGAAUCUUCUCCUAGUUCCGAAACUCUUACUGAAAUGGAGGAGUCUGAAAGAACAGAAAAACCUGUGACAAAUAGGCCUCAAAAGCCAUCAGAGUUUGCAAAGCAAAACAAGUAUAAAUCAAUGCCUCUGCCGCUUCGCAACAGGGGUAAGAGAAAGAGGCAGACAUGGAUGUGGGCCCUUCUCUCACUGCUUCUUGUUAUUGCUUUGUUUUUUGUGGGGAACAGCGGCUUCUUUCAUGCUGUGCUGCAAAGGUCUGGCAUCUAAAUACUCACAUUCAUUAGAUAAUCACAGAGAGGCUUCCUAUAAAUAUUUAUUUAAUGAAGCAAUUCUAUGUACUCUUCCGGUGUUUCCUUCAAUCCGAGUUUGCUUUAUUUACUCCCUGGGUUCCACACAACCCAUUGACAGUUGGUUUUUUUCUGUUAUAUGCCAACAUUAACAUAAAUCAUCUGCUAUUGAGUUUCUGUUUGUGAAUUCUGCUGCCUUUCUUUUUUACCAAAGUACGAACCUUGGUUGUAUUCUGAUCAGGAGUCAAGGCUUCAUUACAAUCAGCUGAAGCCAAGACAGUAAUUGCUCUGAACUGCUUUAACAGCGUACAUGUUACUCCCAAAUGUACCAGAAUUGAAAUUGUUUUGUUGGUGGAUUUGCUUCGGUGGAAGUGUGACAGGUAAGAGUUUAAACCUGUAGUUCUAACCAUGCCCCAUCCGGGCAUACAUUGUUUGCUUAGUGGAUGUCGAUCCAGUAAAUAUCUCGAGGAACUUCAAACUCAAUGCAUCAUCCCCCACUCUUCUUAAAACCAGGAAAUGGCGUGACAAUAGCAACACGAAAAAUUAGAUCAACGGAAGAAAAAAAACAAUACUUCAUGGAUAUUAGUCUUGUCAUCUCGAUCUCUGCAUUCUGAAACCCACUGACAUCAAUCCCACUCCCUAUGUAAAGAGCAAGACAACUAGAACUAGAAAUGCAGUUGAAUAUUACAUCAUACCACGCAUAGAUGGCAUAGCUUUUGAUGCAAGAAUCUUCCAGCCAACCCAAGAAACCACAAGGGCAACUCCAACUCGUCAGGCACAGCUAUGCGUACCGCUGCACAGGUGCUUCAAUAAUCAAAACUGGGUGGAAGGUUGGGAUUUGAUACAAGCACACCAGAGUUUUCUCGAGAAAACAAGAGACAUCCCCCCAAGUAAGAACUACUCUCGCUGUAUGGCUUAAAACCCAUCAAGCCCCACAAUGAAUCAUAAAAAAAAAAUAAUCUGCAACAGCUCAUGUAAUGUAAAGCAGUAGAUUCACAUCGUCGUCUUUAUGUGGACAUUGGUUAGCUUUAUUCUGUUUGUAUUUUAUUUGCAGAAUUGGUGCAAUGAAGAAGAAAGUACGAAAUUCUAUGUCAACAUACCAUUACAAAGGCCGCCACUGAAUCAUCAAUAGAUCUUUACACAAUUAUAUGUCAUCCACCGCCACGCAUAAUUUUACAUUGAAGUCACUGCUCUUUGGAUGAAGAUUGAAGGAAUUAACUUCAAUUAAAAGGUUCUACGUGUGCAUAAAAUGUGAGUGCGUGGAUAUUAUAUGAUACAAGCAUGAGGUUUUUUUUUUUUUUUUUUU